AGUAAGUGAUGUUUAGCAAUUUUUCUAAGGUGCAUUUUGUUUUAAUUGUCAGGAUUUUUAGAUUUAAAACCAAAAUGAGUGAUUUCUUGUAAGAAGUUUUGUGUUCUUGGCCACAAGAGAGCGCUGUAAAGCAGAUGUUCCUCCUGGAGCCUCAAAACGACAGAAGAAGAAUUUGUAGUUCAAAGAUGGCGCUACCCGGUGUUUUACUCGUGCGUCUGAGAGCACUGUGUAAUUUAUCCAAAUGUGGUCAUACGGGAGGAAAAACAACGUCAAACCGGACCAGGGACAUGCGGUGGUACAGGACAAAAGCUCAGAACAUCCACGAGCACAAUGCGCCACUUUUCCAGAAUAAACAAGAUGGAAACCUGCUGAAGGAGUUCCCAGAUCCCAAAAAUCUGUUAAACGGCACCAUUUCCAGGUCACUGGGAGUGAAUGACCUGUCCCAGUUCAUCCAGUACAGCUGCACAGAACACGCGGGAGUCAAGAAAGCCACUCUCACGCUGCAGUGGCCUUGCCAAUUUGAAGAAAACGGUUAUGCAUCUAAAAAGGCUGAUGCAGAGCGAUUUGCUGCUGCUGCAGCUUGCUUCAGACUCAAGGAAAUGGGUUUGAUUGGCCCAAACAAUCAGCUCCCCAAGAGAAGAGCUGGCCGAGGAAGGGGAGGGCUACAUUCCCAUCUUUAUGAUGAGGAAAAUGGCUGGAUAGAUGAUGUAUCCAGAGCAAGUCACUGUUCGUCUCCUAUAGAUGUCUCCGGUGUAGCUGAAGCUCUUUCUCUGUUUCCACAACCCAAAUCUCUUCUGACGAGGGUGAUCCAGCUGGCCACUUCCUCCAGCAGAGUUAGGGAGUUUUUGCAUUUCAAAACUGUUGGAGGGAAGCUAAAAAAGUGCGAGCUGACUCUGCUCUGGCCUGAGGAGAUGACAUUCGCCGCUACAGCAACCAGCCGAGCAGCGGCAGAGAAGAAAGCUGCCGCACUCGCCUGCAUGAAACUGAGGGAGCUCCAGCUUCUAGACAAAGACAACAACCCGCUUACUCAUGCAAAGUACCAUCGAGAGAAAGUGAAGGAGGCUGGAGAAAGAGAGAGGCGGCCACUUCCUCUGGUAAUCCCAGAAUAUCUGGAGCAAAGAAUGAAGGAGUAUCUUACUCAGUACCCAGUGGCGACAGAAGUUCAGAAACUUUGGGAAGAAGAAGAGGCAACGGGGCAGCAGGUGAAUCAGCAGUGUGAAGAGGAGGAGGAGGAGGAAGACUAUAUAACAGACGCUAUUACCGGCAGGCCAUACUGCGCGCUGUCUGAACAACGAGCUCAACAGCUCAGCCACCAGCUGCAACAGGAAUGGGAGACUGCAAAGCCCGGGCUCUGCGUGGAAUUGCCGGCGGAUGCUCAUCGCCAGCGUGUUGUGUCAGCUGUGCGAUCCUCCAGGGUGGUUGUCAUUGCUGGGGAGACGGGAUGUGGCAAAACAACACGCAUCCCACGCUUCCUGCUGGAGGAGCAGGUGAGAGGAGGUGAGGGCGCUUGGUGCAACGUCCUGGUGACUCAGCCUCGUCGGAUCAGCGCGGUGUCGGUGGCUCAACGCGUCGCUUAUGAGAUGGGGCCGCAUCUUAAACACCGCGUGGGAUAUCAGGUGAGACUUGAGAGUAGACCCCCUGAGCACAGCGGAGGAUCCAUGCUCUUCCUCACCGUGGGCGUCCUGCUGAGGAAGCUCCAGUCAAACCCCACCCUGAAAGGAAUCAGCCACGUCGUGGUGGACGAGGUCCACGAGAGGGACGUGAACACGGACCUGCUGCUGGCCUUGCUGCGCUCCAGCCUGGAUGAAAACCCAGACCUACGAGUUGUGCUAAUGAGCGCUACUGGAGACAACCAGAGGCUGGCUGAGUAUUUUGGGGGUUGUCCCAUUGUGAAGGUACCAGGCUUCAUGCACCCGGUAAAAGAUCACUACCUGGAGGACGUGCUGAGGGAGAUGAGACGCCCACUUUCAAGAGACAAGGGAGCAGAUGAGGCAGCACCUGAUCCAGACCUGGUAGCAGAUGUCAUUGAGCACAUCGACAAACAUGGAGAACCAGGAGCAAUUCUGUGUUUCCUCCCUGGGUGGCAAGACAUCAGAGCCGUUCAAGACAAACUUGAAGCAAAACGACUAACUCCCUCUGAUUCCCACAUGGUCCUGCCGUUGCACUCCAGCUUAUCAGUGGCUGACCAGCAGGUGGUGUUCCAGCGCCCCCAAGUGGGCCAGAGGAAAAUAGUUCUUGCCACUAACAUUGCUGAGACCUCCAUCACCAUCGACGACAUUGUUCAUGUGGUGGAUGCUGGAACUCAUAAAGAACAGAAUUAUGACCCACGCACGAAGGUGUCCUGCCUAGAUACGGUGUGGAUAUCUCGCUCUAACGUCACACAAAGAAAGGGGCGAGCAGGACGCUGUCAGCCAGGACGGUCCUACCACCUGUUUCCCAGGCAACAGCUGGAGACCAUGACUCCAUUUCCUGUUCCUGAGAUCCUGCGUACCCCUCUGGAGAGUUUGGUGCUGCAGGUGAAAAUCCACUGUCCAAACUGCAAGGCUGGAGAUUUCUUGUCCCGAGUUUUGGAUAGUCCAGAACCAGAAGCAGUGAGAGACGCUGUCCAGAAUCUCCAAGAUAUUGGAGUUCUGGACAAGACUGAGACGCUGACUCCUUUAGGCCAGCGGGUCGCUUGUAUGUCGUGUGACCCGCGGCUGGGCAAAGUUCUGGUUCUGAGUGCCGUGUUCAGAUGUGUUCUGCCCAUGUUGUCUGUUGCUGCCUGUCUCACCAGAGACCCGUUUUUCAACAGCCUGCAGAAUCGGGCACUUGUCAACAAGGCCAAGGAGGACCUGAGUGGCUCCAGCUGUAGUGACUAUCUGGUGUUCAGCAGGGCGGUUCUGGGUUGGAGGAGAGCCCAGCAGGAGGGAGACAGAGAGGACAGGCAUGAAUAUCUGGACAAAUACACUCUGUCCAAAGCCAGUCUUCGGUUCAUCAAUGGUCUGAUUUCUCAGUUCAGUGAGAACCUGCAGGAAGCAGGUCUGGUUUCUCGUGUCAGCGAGUGCCAGCGUCACACGUCCCUCUACAAUGAGCACAGUCACCAGGAUGAGCUGCUCAAAGCUGUGCUGCUUGCAGGACUGUACCCCAACCUAAUUCAGGUGAAGAAGGGUGUCGUGACUAAGGGAGGGCGCUUUCGUCCCAACAGCACAUCUUUCCGCACAAUCAGCGGACCGGUCCUGCUCCAUCGCUCUUCGGUUAACAGAGGAAAAGAGAACCUCCCCAGUCGUUGGUUGACCUUUUUUAGCGCCGUCAAGUCUAAUGGGAAUGUGUUCAUCCGAGAUUCUUCUUCGGUCCAUCCUCUCGCCCUGCUGCUGCUCACAGACUGUGAUAUCACAGAGACAGUAAACGGCGACAUGGUGGAAGUGUCCUUCCCUGGACGCUCUCUGGUUCGCUGUGAGCUGUCCGCUGAGACCUGGGAGCUCCUGUGGGAGCUACGCACGUCCAUUCAGACCAUGCUGUACCGAAACCUCAACGAUGCCAGCAACGCCAACACGACUCAAGACGGAAACCUCAUAUCCUUACUGGUGGAGCUGCUCAACAAUACGGAGUCCAGUCCUCUGGUUAAGAAUAACAGCAUGGAGGGUGAGGUGGAUUGAAAACAGUUUGGAUCAGCUGCUACAGGAAGAGGAAGUUUGGUUUAGUUUUCACUGCACUCUGAGUGAUGGAGUCUGUUAAUGUUCUGAUCUCCCAGGUGGAAGUCCACCAUGGAUAUGUAUAUCCUGUUAAUCUUGUAAAUUAUGAACUCUGUGUAAUCCAUCUUUUGGAUUUUGGACUUUUGUUUUAGAUUAAAUUGAAGUUAUUUGCUUUACUAAAAAGCAAAGGUCGGGUUUUACUCUGAUGAGUAAAGAAAGUCAUUCAAUUUGGUUGUAAAUAUCAAAUGAUUUAUUGAAAUAU